CCUGCCGCUCCACAAACGGGAGUCAGUGUAAACACAACUCCGGGAACAUGAAAAGAUCGGGUGACAGUGAGGGGGAGAAGAGAAGAAAGAGGCGGAAGUUACUGCAGGAAUUGGGAGACCAGAAGAUCCCGUUUUUAGGACCUUCAGACCGAGGCUUUCAGCAACUGUGGGACUCUAGUUACUCUGGCCUUGUACUGAGGAGAUCCUGCUCGCUGCCUGCUGAGCUCCAUGACCAGGUGCAGGCAGCGCUGCUCACUCUGAGAAAUAAGGGCUGUCUCCUGAGGGACCUUGUCCGUGUUCGAGACCGAGAUGUAUUCACCGCCGUGUCACGUGUUCUGCUGGGUGAGCCAGGCCACACUUACCGUUACCUGGACACCAGGCUCUUUGCCAUCCCCUGGCACAGUGAGGACUCAGCGGUUAAAGGUGUCAACUGUUGUGACCCCGACUUAAGAGCUGCUUGCAGGGCAUUGUGGGAGCUGAAUACCUUUUUCUGCUCUGAUGUGUCUGGACUAGAGGAAGGGGACAGGUUAACUCAGUGCGUGAAGGUGGAGGUAGAGACCAGACAGGGUAAAGAGGGGGACACAGAGUCCAAACACAGUGAAGACUCAAAAAACAGUGAAGGAGGUGAUUCGGAGUCCAGAAAAAGUGAGGAGGGGGACACUGAGUCCAAGCACAGCGAGGAGUGGGACAUUGAUUCCAAACACAGUGAAGAAGGUUGUCCUGGCUCUUCUCAGGAAGGAGACUGGGAGACGGAGUCCAAACACAGCAGUGAAGAGGGAGAGUGCUCCCAGGUCAAACCAAGUGAAGGUGCUAUUUUAGGUCAGAGUGAAGGGAAGUGUCCUGGCUGGACGUCUAAGCCAGUCAGCAGCACAGAGACUGAAACUGUGGCACUGGGGGCUCAUGGGAAACCUCCUGGGGUCCAGCUACAGUGCGGCAGCCUGACAGGUGACCACAUUGAUGACAAAGAUGAUACGGGAAAUGUGCAGGGCUGUUCCCAGCCCAGUCCACCGCAGGUAUGCACGGGUGUGGUCAAGUUCAAUGUCACCCUACUCAACUACAUGGACCCGACAGCUAUGAGCCAACUGAAAGAGGAGCCAUAUUAUGGUAUGGGGAAAAUGGCAGUGGGAUGGCACCAUGAUGAAAACCUGAUCACUCAUUCGCCCGUGGCUGUUUAUAGCUAUAGCUGUAAUGACGACAAAGGUGACAGUGGUGAGGGCAGCAGCAGCAGUCAGAAGACCUGCUGGAGGGUUGGACUGAAGGUCGCCUGGGACAUCCACACACCUGGUCUGAUGCUGCCGCUGGAGUCUGGAGACUGCUAUUACAUGAAAGAUGACCUGAACACUACCCAUCAGCACUGUGUCCUAACUGGAGACAACACACGCUUCAGUUCUACACACAGAAUGGCUGAGUGUUCAAGUGGAACCCUGACUUACAUCCAGUCCCGCUGCCAAGAGGCUCUGUCAAACCUGCACCCCGACCCAGAGACGGGCUCGUACAGUCUGCUCGCCCUACUGCCAACAACUCUGCAGCACUGUGAGGAGAUCCACAAUGAGGUGGAGUUCGAGUGGCUGCGGCAGUACUGGUUUCAGGGCCAACGCUACGCCCGCUUCUGCAGCUGGUGGACCAAACCGAUGGAGCAACUAGAGAAAGACUGGAGGCUCAUGGAGACAAUGACCAUGCUGUUCCUGAAAACGGUGGAGGAAGGCAGAGCAGCAGAGGGACGCAGAGAGAUGGCGGAAACUCUGCUGUCUGCACUGACAGACAGACACCAGCAGAGGCAGACCUGGAGAGACAGGUGUGGAGUUGCUGUUGUCUCUCCUCCGGCAUGAAUGUGAAUUGCAGAGAAAAAGCAAAUGGUAAGAAUUUGAGAUUAUUAGUAUUAUUAGUAUUACCUGUCCAUCCAAAAAAUGUUCUACCCAUAGUGUCUUUCAAUAAAGAUAGUCACUUUUUUUCCCAUUGCUUACUUUAAGUUGUAAUAACUAGAUAAAAGAUCUUUAAAAUGACCUGUAGUGACCUGUAGGACACAGCUGAUUCUUUCUUUCUUUCUUUCUUUCUUUCUUUCUUUCUUUCUUUCUUUCUUUCUUUCUUUCUUUCUUUCUUUCUUUCUUUCUUUCCCUCUCUUCAUCAGGACAAGGGGAGCAGAUUGUGGGUCCAAGCCAUGGCUUGUGUUGGCAGGGUUGUGGGGUGUCAGAUGGGCUUUUGUCCCGUCAGGGGGGGACAGACUGGUAGCCUGGCGGGAAGGCCCUGUUGAGGAAUCAGGCUGAGCCAGGCCUUACAUCAACACACACACACACACACACACACUGGAAUAGGAUUGAUAAGGAA